AUGACCAACCCAUUGAUAGAAAACAUUAAAACAAUUCCUCCAGUGACUCGUUUUUUUACCAUAUCAACCGUAUUGGCGUGUUUGGGUGUCACUACAUUUUCUGCCUUUCCGUCGUUGUAUAUCAACCUAAAUGCAUUAUUUAGCGAUUAUACGAUUGUUCGAGCUGUGUUUCGACACGGGCUGUACUUUGACAUUUUUAAGGCUGUUGCCACAGGGAUUCUAGGAUGGUAUAGGUUUGUUACGUCAUUUUUGAUCCCACCAGGUAUCAUGUCUACAAAUAGGAUCAAUGCUUUGUUUGAUGCUUAUUUCUUUUACACAUUCUCCAACCACUUGGAAGCCCAUGAAGGCAAAUUCAAGGGUAAUUUUCCAGACUAUUUAUGGUUUAUUAUCUUGUGUGGGUCGUGUAUUCAAGUGUUCAAUUUGGCAUUGGAAGCUAUCACCGGAAACUACUCGCCAGCUACUUACUUCCCACAUGAGAAUUUGCUAGCCUGCUUGACAUACGUUUGGUCAAGAAGUCUAAAGAAUGCUAGGAUUAAUUUGUUAGGGUUGGUCCCUAUAAAGGCGUAUUAUUUGCCUUUGGGUAACUUAAUCGUGAAGCUAAUACUCGGUGGGCCUGUAUCGCUUAUUGAUACUUUGGUGGGUAUUAUAAGCGGGUACUUGUACCUUUGCGUUCAGCUGAACACUAUGCCAAUCUACAAUUUGCUACCAGGAGCCUAUGGAACUCCAAAGAAAAGGAGAAACGACGAAGGCAGAAGAGUUGGAAUGACACACAUUGAUAAUCCUGCUCAUUUCGGUGGCUUUCAAGCUGAUUACAUCGAGGACAGCAUAUAUGACAAAGGUUACUUGAAGGCACCUCAAUGGUUGUACAACCUUUUGUCAUACCCAACUAACACAUCUGUUAGAGCCACUGCAUUUUCCCCAGCUCCCGGAAGAGCAACUGCUCCCUCUUCUUUCUCAACAAAUCACCAAAGAGAAGCAUCGCCGACCGGAAGCACCACCGGUUACUCAUGGUUUGGAGGGAACACGGCAUUUAAAGGAAAGGGCCAUAGGUUGGGUGAUUAG